AUGGAGGAUACAUUUGAGGAAGUAGUUAGAGAUUCCUGGGAGUCAAGAGUAGGCAUAGUUUAUGACAAGCUCGAAAGAUUAAAGACUGAUUUAAAGUUAUGGGCAAAUUCAAUAAAAGAACGAAGAGAAGGUUUGAAGAAAAAGCUUACUAAGCAGCUUGAAAUAUUAAUGGAGCAGGAUAGGAGUGAUGAAGUAAUGGCAAAAAUAAUCGAUACCAAAAUUCAUUUAAACAUGGAGAUUGAGAAGGAUGAGCUCUAUUGGGAACAAAGGGCAAGGGCAAAUUGGCUUAAGGCAGGAGAUCGAAAUACGGCUUUUUUCCAUAGAUUCGCCACAAUGCGGAGGAAAAUCAAUACAAUUUCAAAGUUAGAUCUGGAAGAUGGGGGAGAGGCUAAUGAAGCUAGUGAGAUUAAUGAAGUGGCUACCAGGUACUUUCAGAAUUUAUUUACAUCAAGUGAAGUAGGAGAUCCUUCUCAUCUUCUAACAGGUAUUGAUAGUAAGAUUCCGGUAGAAAUUAACAGAGCCUUGAUGAAGAAAUAUACAGCAGAAGAAGUUCAUGAGGCUUUGAAAGGAAUGGGCCCCACAAAAGCACCAGGUCGGGAUGGUUUUCCAGCAAUCUUCUUUCAGAAAUUUUGGCACAUUGUAGCUCAAAGUGCGUUCGUCCCAGGAAGGCUAAUUACAGAUAAUGUGCUACUUGCCUAUGAGAUUCUGCAUACAUUUAGACAAAAACGAAGAGGGAAAAAAGGAUAUAUGGCCGUAAAGCUUGAUAUGAGUAAAGCCUAUGACAGGGUUGAAUGGGGUUAUUUAAAAGAAGUCAUGUUAUGUAUGGGUUUUGAUAUAGAAUGGGUAGAUUUGGUCAUGAAAUGCAUUUCUACUACGUCCUAUGUUGUGAAUACUAAUGGAGGUUAUGGGCGAAGUUUUAAGCCAACAAGAGGAUUGCGACAGGGAGAUCCUUUGAACCCUUUUCUCUUUUUAAUGUGCAGUGAGGGGUUAUCAGCCUUGAUGAGACUGGCAUCGAAGGAAAGGUUGUUAAAAGCAGCAAAGGCAAGUAGGAGAGGCCCGAAAAUUACACAUCUACUCUUUGCAGAUGAUUGUAUUUUAUUUGGGGAAGCAACAGCAAGGGGGGCAACGGUGCUAAAAGAAAUUUUGAAAGAAUAUGGUAAAAGUUCCGGUCAAUGCGUUAAUUUUAACAAAUCUACAAUCUUUUUCAGCACUAAUACUACAGAAGACAAAAAGAACGAAGUCUCGGCAAUUAUGGGGAUAAGAACCUCAACAAAUAUGGAAAGAUAUCUAGGACUUUCGAAUGUGGUGGGUAGACGGAAAAAGGAAUCUUUUCAAUAUCUCAAAGAGAAAAUUUACAGUAGAAUCGAAGGUUGGAGCACCAGAAUAGAUAUAGAAGGCAUUUUUGCUAAGUUCUGGUGGCAAAAAGCUCAUGGGAGAAGAGGAAUUCAUUGGUGUAAAUGGACUUACUUGUGCCGGUCAAAAGGAGAAGGGGGUUUGGGAUUCAGAGAUAUGGCUAAAUUUAACGUCUCAUUAUUAGCUAAACGGGGUUGGAGAAUAUUGAACUACCUAGAUUCAUUAUUAGCUCAAGUUUUAAAAGCAAAAUGUUUUCCGAAUAAUAAUUUCCUCGACUCAUGUUUGGGGAACAAUGCUUCGUAUACGUGGAAAAGUAUUUGGGCUACAAAGGGUAUUUUAAGGGAAGGUAUGUGCUGGAGAGUAGGAAGGGGAGAGCAAAUUACAGUUGGUUGCGACAAUUGGAUCCCUGAUGUGGGAAGAAACAGAUUAUCAGCUAUAGUCGCGAAUUUGAAUGAUUGUAAAGUUGCCGAUCUAAUCAAUCAAAAUAACAGAACAUGGAAGGAAGAGUUGAUAAUUUCUACCUUUCCGGAGGAUGUAGCUGAGAAGAUUAUUGGUAUUCCACUGGCAGAAGAUCCUCAUGAUGACUUCCGGGUCUGGAGUGCUGAGGCGUCGGGCGAAUUCACAGUUCGUAGCUCCUAUAAACUAUUACAGAAUAUCGAGGAUGAUCCUAGAGCUUAUGCUUUACAAGAAGUAUGGAAGGAAUUACCAUGUAAUGUUUUGGUGCACGAAAGACAGUUGGAGUUUGCAGAGUGGCUUACCGGAGUUUUUGCGAAGAACUCGGAAUCUCAAUGUAGGAUAUUUUGCUGUGCAUUAUGGGCUAUAUGGGGAGACAGAAAUAACAGAGUGCAUAAUAAAGUGAACAAAUCUGGAAAAGAAAUAGGCCGAUUCGUUAGUAGCUACAUAACAGAGUUGGACGGGAUAGGAAAAACAUAUGAUGGAAAGAGUAAGCAAUCGACUGCGGGGAUUGUGGCUAGAAACAACGAAGGCAAGGUUUUGCUCUCAUGCUCGAUGAUAUAUCAACAGGUGGCAUCUCCUUUUGCGGCCGAGGCACUUGCGAGCCAGAAAGCGAUCAAAAUUGGUAAAGAAAUGAAAUGGAGAAAAAUCAUUAUUGAAGGAGAUUCAUUAUCGAUAAUAAAGAAAUGCAGAUCUAAUAUCCCAGAUAAAUCACAGGUAUGUGCCUACAUCAGUGAUAUUCUUAAGCUACAAUCAAGAUUCCAGGAAUGCAGAUUUGAACAUGUUCCAAGAGCAGUUAACAGUCUUACGCAUACGAUAGCAAAAGCAACGCUGAGGGAUAAAAGAAUAAUAUACCUAGUUGAGGGAGUCCCUGAAUAUGUAGAAGAUCGGAGGGAAAGGGAUGGAGUGGGAGAACAGGAAUGA